CAACACAAUCAAAGGAGGAAUAAAACAAACAAGGGAGUAGUUUCAAAGGAAUUGCCCACCUACUACUACUACUACCACUGGUCUCGUUAGUCGCUAUGUGGUUUUAAUGUUUUAGUACCAUUUAAUUAAAAAUCCAUAAUGAUUCCCAUAGUGUCUGACUUAUUAACGCAGCCCGGUGUAAUGGUUGGAAUGGGCCUCGGUAUAUGUGUUGGUUUUUUUGCACGGGCCUCCAUAUUCGGUGACAGCUCCGACCCCAGUGCAAACCUGGAAGAUGAAGACGAUGACAGCUGGGACGAGGAUGGAUUUUUGGCUGAAGGAACAGGAGAAACAAAGCUGGUAUUGGUGGUCCGCAGUGAUCUCAAGAUGGGUAAAGGGAAAGCUGCUGCUCAGUGCUGUCAUGCCACAUUGAAAGCCUUCAAGCAAUUGCAGAAAACUAACAGAAGAUUACUAAGAGCAUGGGAAAUAAAUGGACAACCAAAGGUUGUCUUAAAGAUUGAUGACGAAGAAUCGAUGCUUGAUUUAGCUUCCCUAGCACGGGAAGUAGGUCUAACUGUUAGUCUCAUACAGGAUGCUGGACGCACACAAAUAGCUCCUGGGUCACGAACAGUGUUAGGUGUAGGACCUGGUCCUGUUGAUCUUGUUGAUCAAAUUACUGGCCAUCUUAAGCUAUUUUAGUUGAUAAUGUCUCAUUAUAUUAUUUUACAAUAACAACAGUUAAAGUAACUUAUAGCGUAUAUAUGAGAAAUGCACUGUAAUCAUGACAUCUAUCAUUCACCAUAAAUAAAUUUUUAUAGUUA